AGUCACAUUUCUUAAUGCAUGUUGCCAAGCUUAUGUUACUUUGUGACAAAUGGAGGGUCCCUAGUUCUGUUUCUGCUCCUAGCUUCUCUUUGUGCUCUCAACUCACUCUUGUUCUUCUUGUUCUUCUUCUUCACGCUUUUGAUCUGCAGAUUCUUCAGGUUCUAUUGUUUGAUAGGGUAUUCAAAACUGGGAGCUUUUUGGUUUGAUUUGUGAUGUCUCUGCCGCGGCUUGGGGUAGGUGAUGAGGAAGGUGAAAGCAAUGUCAGUUUGCUUGUUUCUUCCUCAGCCACAGGGGAAAGUGUGUGCCUGAAUGGUUCAAAACUGAAAGAGUUCAACUAUAUGGGGUUGUCAUCUGAUUGUUCAUCAGUGGAUAGCUCAGCUCCACUUCCAAGCUUCUCAGAUGAGAGCAAGAGCAAUCUGAACCUCAAAGCCACUGAACUCAGAUUGGGGCUUCCAGGAUCACAGUCUCCUGAAAGAGAUUCAAAUCUUUGCUUGAGGGGUUCAGCUCAGUUUGAUGAGAAGCCCUUGUUUCCUUUGCAUCCGGUGACAGAUGAUCACCAUUCGUCAUCAAAGCCUGCUGUUUUGGGCAGCAAAAGAGGGUUCUCAGAUGCCAUGAAUGGAUUCUCAGAGGGGAAAUUGAAGCCUGGCUCCUUGCUUGAGAAUGUUGGGGCUCAGCCAGCCAAAGGCAAAGAAAUAGCAACAGCCAAGGUUGGUCUUGAAAAGCCUCAAGGUGUCAAUGAAAGCGGACCAAGUCUUGAUGGUUCUGCAAAUAAUAGUAAUGCUAGUGCACCAGCUGCCAAGGCACAGGUUGUGGGUUGGCCUCCUAUAAGAUCAUUUAGGAAAAAUUCAUUGACUACUGCUUCAAAGAAUGUUGAAGAAGUGGAGGGCAAACUGGGGUCUGGUGCAAUGUUUGUGAAGGUCAGUAUGGAUGGUGCUCCUUAUUUAAGAAAAGUAGACCUGAAGAAUUACUCUACAUAUGCAGAACUAUCCUCUGCUUUGGAGAAGAUGUUUAGCUGUUUUACCAUAGGUCAGUGUGGAUCUCAUGGAAAUAUGGGCAGGGAAAUAAUGAAUGAAACUAAGCUGAAGGAUCUGAUUCAUGGAUCAGAAAAUGUUCUUACAUAUGAGGAUAAAGAUGGAGAUUGGAUGCUUGUGGGUGAUGUUCCCUGGAAGAUGUUUAUUGAUACUUGCAGAAGGCUAAGGAUCAUGAAGAGCUCUGAUGCCAUUGGUUUAGCACCCAGAGCUGUUGAGAAAAGUAAAAGCAGGAGCUAGGCAGCUUCAAUCAUCACACACUGUCCAUCUAGUGUCUAGAGGGUUAAAAAGCUUCUGGGUUAUGUGAGGGAGCAAAUCAAGCAAAUAAAGAGCAUGGAUGCCAUUAACCAAAGGCCAUUAUUUACUGUCUCAAUCUGUUUCCUGUUGUCUUGAUGUUAAUGUUCCUGUUGCUGUUGUGGUGGAUUUGUAGUGAAUUGAAUCAAUCAUCCAUUAUAUAUGGGUGUGUCUUUGUGUCAUUUUGUGUGAUUAAAAAAAAACCAAGUUAAAUGGAGUGCACCUUUUUACA